GCAGCGUUUCCGUGAUCAAUCAUUUCCACGGCACCAUUGCAAACAUGUGUAUGAACACGGUCGUCAUUUGCAAGCCGGACUAACGUUUUGCUAAAAAUAAUUUCUUUUCCUCGUUACGAUCCCGAUCCAUCGAAUCCAGGACUACGUGGUCCCAGGUCGCCACAAGCACAACAUACGGAAAUGCACCGAAAGAUUGCAGUCUUCGUUCUAUUGCAGUGUAUGGCGAUAUUCGCGUGUCAUCUUAAAUCGGAUAUCCCAAGAUCGCAACGAUCCAUCAUCGGAGUGCCGACAUUUCUCAGCGAUCGUUUCGCACAGGAGCAGCGGCGCACGGUGAUCGGCUACGACGGACAGUGCAGACAAAUGUUCGAAGACCGUGAACGCUAUAGCAGUAGUUGCUCAUCGCAGCCUAAAGCACAACUGGCGGCUCAACCCGAAAAACAGCAGUACGUGAGAAAUGAUGACGCCUGGUGGUUGGCUGUAAUCGACAAUGCCAAUAGAAACAACGAACAAUUGUUACAACGUGAGAUUGAAACUAAAGAAGUGUGUACGAAAUUUCAGUGGACUUCACAAUAUAAUCAAUAAACCAGAUUAGCUUAUCAUAGAUUGAUAAUGUAUAUAAUAGUAUAACAUUUAAACUAAUAUCGAUUAAACGUACACUA